AGAAUAAUUCUGUGUGUCGAGAGACUUGAUAGCAGGAGACUAUCUAGUUUAAUACUUCACGCUUCACUUUGACAAGCUAGAAGUAUUCCAUUAAAUAAUGGUAGCAGACGGACUUGUUAGCGGCAUUUCGCAGUGGAUCGACAACCUCAUUGGUGUUCACGGGAGUUCGGGAGUAAGUCUUUGUUGAGGUGUAAUUUAUGGAACGAACCUGUUCUAUUCUAUGGUUGAUAGAAACAAGAUAUUUCAUAUGGGCGAUGUUGAAAUCUUGUUUAAAAUCACAAAAUUGCGAAGACUUGCGUCGGUGUCUCCGUUUCUUGCUUGCUAGAAUCAAUUUUUGCUCAAUCCUUCUCACAGUGAUCUGUUAUUCAGUACGUCUUUAUUUUCUUGCUUGCAUACAUAGGAUACAGAUUCAUGAAUAAUUCGAGCGAACCCUUCAAAAAAUCCUCCCAGGUCGAGGAGGAUGAAGAAGAGGAGCCCGAUCCUCCCCGAAAUUUUACCUCGCUGCAGCUUGUGCACUUCAACGGAGAACCCGACGAACGGACUGGGGAAGACAAGCCGGUCUAUCUUUCGAUCAACGGCAUCGUCUUCGAUGUUUCGCAGGGCCGAAACUUUUACGGCCCGGACGGCCCCUACGCAGCGUUUGCCGGAAAGGAGUGUGGGGUUGCCCUGGCGAAGAUGAGUUUCGACUCUGAGCACCUCAACAAUCUUGCUGGGUGCAAGGAUCUCAACUACGGAGAAAAGGACGAGCUUGAGAACUGGAUCAACAAAUUUACCUAUUACAGAAAGUACCCCAUCAAGGGCCGGUUGGUCCCCGAUGACAUUCUGGAUCCACUGAAGAGUCGAACCCUAACAAAAGAGGAUUUGGCCAAGCACAUGGGAGAUGCAGAAGAAAUCCCCGAGGGGUACGCAGCGGUUCCGAUCUAUAUUGGUGCGGGGAACAAGGUAUUCGAUGCGUCUUUUGGCGGGGUUGAGUUUUACGGUGCGUAUUGGGUGCUCUUCACUGAGUUUUUAUUGUCGAUCAAUGAAAUGUACGGAUGAUUUCCAAAAAGAAAACCAAUGUAUUAUUCUCAAACAUUGUUUUUGGAUUGUUUCGGUUCGUUUUUCGAUUCUGCCGUGAAUUUUUUUCUUUCCUAUUGGGUCAACAGGACCAGCGGGUGGCUACAAUAAAUUCGCAGGACGAGACAUUUCCAGAGCACUUGCAAAAAUGAGUUUCAGCCCGGAGGAUUUAGAGAACACCAACACGGACGACCUGGAGGAGAAGCAGAAAAAAGUCCUUGACGACUGGAUCAAAACCUUCGAAGUCAAAAAGGGAUAUCCCAUUGUAGGAAACCUAGGAAAGAGCAGUUGAAAAUUGAUACUAAAUGGUACUGAUAUGCUAUUAGAGAAACGAUCGACGUCGUUUUCAUUUCUGGUUGUUGAAUUUCGUAGUAGCCGCAGCCUAAAUAGAAAGAUAUGUUUAAA